AUGCCUGAUAUCACUGUUAAUGUUAGACCAUCCACUGGUCAGAUCUUUCAGAUUUCAUUUGACCCAGAAGAGACAACCGUUGAAGGACUCAAAGUACUAAUUGGCGAGAAAAUGGGAAAUUUGGAUGCUUCCAGCUUGAAAUUGGUAUUCUCUGGAAGAAUUUUAAAGAGUGAGGACACAGCAAUGGAGUGCAGAAUUACUGCUGGAAGCACGGUGCACGUUGUUCGUUCAGGUGGUAACAAAGCUCCUGUAGCCUCGAAUGCCAGUACCAGUACCACAAACACCAACACCGCCACUACUACUCCUGCUACACUCAAUACCACCUCUUCAGCUCGUCAAACAUCUGAUCCAAUCCCUCCUAUUCCACCUACACCAAGCCCUUCUACGUUGACAGGCCUCGGUGGCAAUUCGUCUUCUGCCUCGCCCUUUGGAGAUAUGCAAAUGCCCAAUAUGGAUCCUGAAGUGAUGCGUCAAAUGAUGGACUCGCCUUUUAUGCAGAAUAUCAUGGGAAACACAGACUUUGUGCGCUCCAUCAUCAUGAGUAAUCCGCAAAUGAAGGCACUGGUUGAGCAAAAUCCAGAGCUAGGCCACGUAAUCAAUGAUCCUGCCUUUCUGAGACAAUCCAUGGAGAUGAUGAGAAACCCUGAGUUGAUGAGGGAGAUGCAACGAAACAACGAUCGUGCCUUGUCCAACAUCGAGGCUAUUCCUGGAGGAUUCAACCAUUUACGUAGAAUGUACAAUACCUUUCAAAGUCCUAUGGAGUCUGCUUUGGGUCGUGGCGGUUCAUCUUCGUCUGAUGAAGCUAACAAUCAACGUUUAGCAAGAGAGCUGAACGUGGAAAGUGUGCCUGAGAACUCUUUAAACACACAGGCUUUGCCUAAUCCCUGGGCUGCUCCCGCUAAUAACAACAAUACCAACCGCAAUGCAACUGACAAUACAUCCAGUCCUGCUGCUGCUCCUGCCAAUCCUUUUGCUGCACUUGGUGGAGCUGGUGCCAAUGGAGCUGCGAAUCCUUUAGCAGCUUUGCUUGGUGGAUCUAGCGGAUCCAUGUUUCCUUUUGGUAAUAAUGAGACACAAGCACAAGCACAAGCACAAACGCAACAACCAUCCACACAGCAACAACAGACACCAUUUUGGGCAGAUCCCAACUUUAUCCAAGCCAGCUUGAGAAUGCAACAAGCCAUGAUGGCUGGACAACAAAAUACCGGCAACUCUACAUCCAACACAACGAGUGCAAACAACCAACAACAGAAUUUGUUACAACAAAUGAUGAUGGGAUUUCCUGCUGGCGGAUUUGGUGGUUAUAGUGGUCUUUCAGAUUUCCAAUCGCCACAGCAACAACAGCAGCAGCAACCAUCAGAGCCACCAGAGGUUCGUUUUAGAGAACAAUUAGCGCAAUUGGAGGAGAUGGGCUUCUCGGAAAAAUCUUCGAAUGUUCGUGCUUUGUUAGCUACUGGAGGAAAUGUUCAAGCAGCUAUUGAAUAUUUGUUGUCAAUGUAA